GCCUCUCCAGUGGGACCCGGGAGCUGCCGGAGGGGACCCCACGCGCCCUGCAGGCCCACUCCGCACUGGUCACCCCGGCAGGGCUGUGCCACACCGGGCACCCGCUCUGGGACGCGCCACAGGGCCAGGCUGGGACCAGGGCUGCAUGGGGUGCUGGCAGGUGCCUCGUCUAGUGUGGAUCCCCAGUGGCUGGAACAGGUGCCACGUGCGGCUGGCAGUUUACUGGGGAGCAGCUAAUGCUUUACCUGGAUCUCUGCAUUGGAACUUCCAUGGACUCCAUAGGAAGGUUGAGUGAAUAGUACUCCAUCCUUCCUUGUUCCUAGCCUGGGAUUCCACCUGGUUUCCAUCCAGCCCACCUGCAGGGAUGAUCAGGUGUCAAGGUUUCUGGAGUUGCCCUGUGGAUAUCUCAUCUACAGAGCUGUAUUUUAAGAAUCUUUCAAAACAAAAACAGAAACAAGCUAUGGAGAAGAAUAGGAACAACCGAAAACUUCGUGUCUGUGUUGCUACUUGCAACCGGGCUGACUAUUCUAAGUUAGCCCCGAUCAUGUUUGGCAUUAAAGCAGAAUCUGAGUUCUUUGAGCUCGAAGUGGUGGUUCUCGGCUCUCAUCUUAUCGAUGACUAUGGUAACACCUACCGUAUGAUUGAACAAGAUGACUUUGACAUUCAUACAAGGUUACACACCAUCGUGAGAGGCGAGGAUGAGGCAGCCAUGGUGGAAUCAGUAGGCCUUGCAUUAGUAAAGCUACCAGAUGUCCUUAACCGUCUGAAACCUGAUAUAAUGAUAGUUCAUGGAGACAGGUUUGAUGCACUGGCACUGGCCACAUCUGCAGCCUUAAUGAAUAUUCGGAUUCUUCAUAUUGAAGGUGGGGAAGUCAGUGGAACAAUAGAUGACUCUAUCAGACAUGCCAUUACUAAACUGGCUCAUUACCAUGUGUGCUGCACAAGAAGUGCAGAACAACAUUUGAUAUCCAUGUGUGAAGACCAUGAUCGUAUACUCUUGGCUGGCUGUCCCUCAUAUGACAAGCUACUCUCUGCCAAAAAUAAGGACUACAUCGGCGUUAUACGUAUAUGGUUAGGUGAAGAUGUAAAACCAAGAGACUAUAUUGUUGCUCUGCAACACCCUGUGACCACUGAUAUUAAACAUUCCAUAAAGAUGUUUGAAUUAACAUUGGAUGCACUUAUCUCCUUUAACAAGAGGACACUCGUUCUGUUCCCAAACAUUGAUGCAGGAAGCAAAGAGAUGGUUCGAGUUAUGAGGAAGAAGGGCAUUGAGCAUCAUCCCAAUUUUCGAGCAGUAAAGCACGUUCCAUUUGACCAGUUCAUCCUAUUAGUGGCUCAUGCUGGCUGCAUGAUUGGUAACAGCAGCUGUGGUGUUCGAGAGGUGGGAGCAUUUGGUACCCCUGUUAUCAAUCUAGGAACACGUCAGACAGGAAGAGAAACAGGUGAAAAUGUUCUUCAUGUUCGUGAUGCUGAUACACAGGACAAAAUACUUCAAGCUCUGCAUCUGCAGUUUGGCAAACAGUAUCCUUGUUCAAAAAUAUAUGGGGAUGGUAAUGCUGUUCCAAGGAUUCUGAAGUUUCUCAAAUCUAUUGAUCUUAAAGAACCACUGCAAAAGAAGUUCUGCUUCCCUCCUGUAAAGGAGAGCAUCUCACAAGAUAUUGACCAUAUCAUGGAAACCCAGAGUGCUUUGGCAGUGGAUCUAGGUGGAACAAAUCUCCGAGUAGCAAUAGUCAGUAUGAAGGGUGAAAUAGUUAAGAAAAUUACCCAGCUCAACCCUAAAACUUUUGAAGACAGAAUAGAACUGAUCGUCAAGAUGUGUGUGGAGGCUGCAUCAGAAGCUGUAAAUCUGAACUGCAGAAUUCUGGGAGUGGGAAUUUCUACAGGUGGACGGGUAAAUCCCCGAGAAGGUAUUGUGCUACAUUCCACAAAACUCAUUCAGGAGUGGAGUUCAGUGGAUCUCAGGACCCCGAUAUCUGAUUCUCUGCACCUGCCAGUUUGGGUGGACAAUGAUGGCAACUGUGCUGCUCUGGCAGAGAGGAAAUUUGGGCAUGGAAAAGGUGUGGAAAACUUUGUAACACUUGUCACUGGCACAGGAAUCGGAGGUGGAAUCAUUCAUCAACAUGAAUUGAUCCAUGGAAGUUCCUUCUGUGCUGCAGAACUUGGACAUAUUGUGGUAUCUUUAGAUGGACCAGAGUGCCUAUGUGGGGGUCAUGGGUGUAUAGAAGCAUAUGCCUCUGGAAUAGCCUUGCAGAGAGAAGCUAAGAAACUGCACGAUGAGGAUCUGCUCUUAGUGGAAGGCAUGACUGUGAAGAAAGAGGAGGUUGUUAGUGCUGUACAUCUCAUUCAGGCAGCUAAACUUGGGAAUGCAAAGGCUGACAAUAUCCUCAGAACAGCUGGAACAGCCCUAGGCCUGGGAGUUGUGAAUAUCCUGCACACCAUGAACCCCUCCCUUGUGAUCCUUUCAGGAGUGCUAGCCAGCCAUUACAUCAGUACCGUCAAAGAUGUGAUAUGUCACCAGGCUUUGCCCUCUGCUCAGGCUGUGGAUGUUGUUGUCUCAAAUCUGGCAGAUCCUGCUCUGCUGGGAGCUGCUAGCUUGGUACUAGAUUACACAACACGGAGAACAUACUAAGUACUGGAAAAAUUGUAAAGAUGGAGUGUCCGGCUUUCUGAGUUCUGGGAUGACAUACUGUGCUCAGUAUAUUUCAUGCUGAUGAAAACUUUAUCUCCCACACUUAAACGGACUAGUAUUCUAGUUUGUAGCUAGUACUUCUUGUAGUCAGUUUUUUUAGUAUUUUUUUCUUAAAUUUUAGGUGGAUUCAUAUGAAGUAAUGUGUAUCUCUGUUCUUUUGUUCAACCCUGUAGCUCUGGGGCAAUUUUACAUGUGCUCUGGGGAUGAAGUGGGAAGAGGGGGCAGUGCUUUUAAUUGCAGCAGUUCUGAGAGCCGCUGUAAUUAAAGUGUCUGUGCUUAAAAAUGGUGACAGACGUGCUUGAACUAAAGCUUGUUCAAUGAGCUUUGAAAAUACAAGCCACCUCAGGCUUCUGGCAUGAUGGUGUAGCCCAUGGUUGUAUAGUUGGGACACAAACAGCUCUGUGACCAUUCAAGAAUUAGUCUUCUGCAGUGUGGUCCUUCUUGGAUUGUGCCUACGAGGGUUUCUUGGCCAGGGAGGUCAAAGUCGGUCUUGUCAUGGAUGAUUGGAGCAAGGGCAGCAGUGCCUACAGCUUUCAUCUUAAUGGGGUAAGAAUUUCCCCACUGCAUUUCUCCAACCAUUUUAUAUACUAUGACUAUUAAAAAUGUAAGGGGCAGGGCUCAGCUUCAAAAGGAAAGCUGGAGAUGGGCCUAGAUCAGUGGUCUCCAAAGUUUCUAUGGUGAAGAUUACUUUUUGGCACCUUAGAAUCUACCGCCCCCUGCCCUGCCCCCCACCUCUCAGAAAAGCCGCCCAGGCUCUGACCCCACUCAUCCAGCCUAGCCUGGGGGGCUAAGCCCAGCCACGUGCAUCCUGCUGCUCCCGAUCGUGGACACUUUGACAGACUGAGACCGACUGUCAGAGGCUCCACGAUCAACCAGUCAAUCGGAGUCAAGUGGUUGGUGACCACUGGCCUAGAUCAUGCCUAACCUAUGGUGUGGUGAUUAGAGUUCUGUACUAGAAAAUAGAAGGUUUUUAUAGAUACAAAUCCAACCUGAGUGAAUGGGAGCCUAGAACCUGGGUCAGCUGCUUCCCAAGUAAGUGUCCUAACCGCUCAGCUCUUGGGGAUAAAAUAUGGGAGGUCUGGAUUUCCUGGACUUAUGACCAGGUACAUUCUAAUAUUAUAAAAGCCUAAGUCUAUCUGUCUGUCCGUAAUGCUUUAUUCGCACUCUGAUUGGCUGACCAACAGCCAAUCAGAGUGUGAACAAGCGUUCCAACAGGAGCCGGCGGCAUGGUGGAAUGUUGCCAUGAUGCCAGGGACACAGGAGAUGGCUGCGCUGGCCUCGAGGACAGCAGGGAGGGAGCCCUGAGGCCACAGCAGGCAGCCUGCAUCUGCCCCUGCUCUGUGCACAAAUUUCGGGGCUAUGUGCCCUCACAUAGCCACAGCUCAGUGAUCAGAGCGGGACCUAGGAGAUUGCUCCCUGCCCCUGAUCACAGAGUUGGGGCAGAGGGACAUUGUUCCGGCUUGGGGUCCACGCUUGAAGCCCACCCUGGCAGCAGGCAGCCGUCAAGGGAAGGGAUUGUUGUCCCAGCCCCUGCUGCCCAGGCUGACUGGGAGCAAAUUUGCUCCUGGUUGGCCACCUACAUGUGGGCUACUGCGCAGUCACUAGUAUGCAGUUAAUUUGCUACCUGCAAUGGCAAAAUUAACCCCACAGUUGUGCAAUUGACCGCACAGUAUGCAUCAGCACAUGUAGACACACCCUCUGUGGACCUUUUAAAAUUCCUGACUCCAAGGUAGUCUAACAUCCAGCCCAAGCCAGUCUCGGGCUACCUGGAAACCUUUUAAAGAUCCUGGCUGGCAGGCAGUUUCACUGUGGUGGUGUUCACUGCUUGCAGUCUGCCUGCCCACCUGGAGCUCUGAAGGGCUUCCAGGCAGCCUAAGAUGCAGAAUGCUGCUAUAGCGCAGCACUGUCUCCAUCCACGCAAGGACCAGGGCUGUUCCUGGACUUCCAUGGCUAGAGCACUCUAACAGCAUUGUCGGGGUCCCUGGCUGCUGACCACACUGCCCUGGCAGAAUUAUAAUACCCCCCCCACCACCACCACUAUCGAGUCCAUAGGAUUGGGGAGGGGGCAGCCCAGAGGUCUGGGAGACAGCCACCUCCUGGCUGGUCCCACUGAUCAGAUGAUUGGCCAGAAGUCCAGAAGGGGGGCAGCAUGCCCUAACAUCUUGCUUCUGGGAAAGCUAUCAGAAAGCCAACUUGUUUCUCCUUGGAGGGGAGAGAGGGAGAAAAGGGGAUUUUGGGAUACUGGUGGAUAGGAAUACUUGUCUGUGCAUUACAUUUGUGGCCAAAAACCUUCCUGCAACAAAGAACUUGAUGUUUUAAACAACUUGUGGGUUUAGCAGGUUGUUUUUUGCUGCAUGAAACUCAAAGACAGACUGCAACAGAUGUAACUGAUGGGUAUUACUCUCCUAGCAACAGCUGUAAUUUAUAGGUUUGGUAUAAACUGUAUUAAACUGGUAAUGUCCUUUGUUGCUUAUGAAGUACAGCCCACAGACUGUACUCCACUCUGACUAACCCAAGUUUAGUAAAUUAGGUUACACUGCAUUGCAGCUGGUCCUGCUCAGUAGUACCAAAGAUCUGCCAAAAGAACACAUUUCAGCCUUCUGAUAGUCUUUAAGCACUUUCCAAUGGCUUUUUGCUUUGGUAUGCCUGAAUUAUGGGAAACUUAAAUAUAGUACCAAGAGAAGGGCAUCAUUGCAUGUGAGUGACAAAUACUGUGUAAGUGGUCUGGAACAUGUCUUUAUAAUUCAGCGUGCAUCAUAAUGAAAGUCACUGGUGUGUCAUUUCAGUAGCGUGAGUUGCUUUUGAAAAUUCUGUGCAAUAUCUAGGAUAAUGGCUUGUCUUAGACUAUUUGAAACUGUUUAAAAUUGUCCUUUAUCAAAAAUGUAUUGGUUCUUAGUGCUGCUAAUUGAAAAAUGAACCUACUAAAGAUAAUAUAAUUGAAAGGUUAUUUCUUAGAUAUGCACCACAAUUAGAUAGUUGCUUUGUUAUGUACCACUGAUUUUGAUAAUGCCUAAAAUCUGUGAGGUGCUGCAGAGAAAGUAUAGGAAGACAUGGUUCCUGUCCAUUCAUACACUUGUUUAAAUAAGCCAAAUCUCAAUGAAUAAUUUAUAAUAAGAAGAAUUUGUGAAUUGCACAAAAACAUGAUUGCUGUACAGAACACCCUAACACUGUUUCUACAUCAUAGUGUUGUUUCAAACUGGAUUAGGAAAAUGGUUGCUUGCUAAUAAUUUGCAAGAUAAUGAGAGAUUUAUAGGCCCGUUAUCCUCUUCAUAAUACACCUUAGAUUCUCAAUGCUCUGUUUGUAAGAAGGGCACGUUUUAAAUGUUAAUGUUGCAUGGACAGUACACUGGUAUAUCAGUGCUUUCUUAAUAAAGACAGAAUCAUGGCAGUCGUAUUUAAGAUGAAGUUUUAAAGAAACUUUUUAAAGUUGUUUUAUUUCAAUUCAACAAUCUUGCAAUCUCAAAAUGAUGGUAUUAUUUAGCCUUUUUAAAGAAAAUGCUUAUUAAAGAAAUG